CACAUAUACAGACACAAGCAGACAUAUGACAUAUGUUUGUUGGGUAGUUGUUGUUUGUAUAUGGUGCUACUUGGGAGGCAGCCACAGUAGAAAUCUCUCUGUGACGAAAAUGUGUUAAAAGUUGAGGUAAAAACAUGGUGCGCUGUGGAAUUAUUAUUCCCAUCCUGAUCACAAAUUUAUCUUCUCCACAGUAAACAAUAUCUUUAGUAAAUAUCCAUUUCCUCAACUCUUGUAGUGUAGAUUGGGAAUCAGGUCCAUUUUUUUCAACCACAAAUGAAGUGCUUGCAGAUUUCUUGGUCAACAGCAUUGCAUGAAAGACAGCAGUCAAAGUGUUACAUUCUGCACAGUGAAGCUAUGUGAGAUUUGAGGAGCUGUAAAAUGCCAUUAAUACUUUGUUGUUGUUGCCAACAGUUACAUGCAAACUUUCCCUAAGGCACCAGUGAAAUUUCGGUGCGAAAAAAACGGUCGCGGCGCGUUCUCCGAAUUGUCUGAGUGGCUGGCCUCCGCCGUGGCCCCACUCAUUUCUCAUCCACAGUUCUGUGAGGACCUGGAUGAUUGAUACGGUAUUCCGCUGUUUCGCGGUUGGUGGGUUCCAGCACAAGCGGUUGCUGGUCGGCCGUGUUCGGGAUGCAGAGCUCCGUGCUCUGCAGCCUCGGUGUGUGCAACUAUUUGUGCACAGACGAGAUCGGAAUACGUAACGAACCGCGCGUUAUUUUGUUUACUAGCAAAUCGCUGACAGUCAUUUGAAACGCAAAGUGGUCAAUUCGACAGCAGACACCAGUAUGGAGGUUUUAGUGGUUUUCUGCCCCUCAGGAUUUCCAGAAUCUGAAACUUUGACGUUGCUGUGCGCUGUAAUUCUCAGAAAUGUCGUGGGAUUCUUCGAGGCGGCGCAGGAGCCGAAGUGUACAUGGAAGCUCCUCGUCACGUCUUCGUAUGGACUCUUAUAGCUCUUCGAGUCGAAGUAAUCGUGCCAGAGCAUCAACUCCGAGAAAGAGAGAACUGGACAAAGUAAUGAAGAAAGCUCGCCGUGAUGGACCAAAUCAGAGCAGUUACUGGAAUAAGAAAUUGCUUGAAGUUGAAGAAAAGGAUCCAAACAGAUGGCGACAUAGUGGAUUCAAGGAGCUGUACGGUGGUGGAAGUUCUCCACAUGGUAGUACUAAAAGGUCUCGUUCGCGGUCUCGUACACGUUCACCACGUCGACCUCGAAGUCGGAGCAGAGACCGGCGAGCUCCCAGUGGAGGGCGAGCGAGAUCACCUCUGCCGCCCGUGUCACGUCUCCGAUCGAGAUCGCGUUCACGUUCUCGUGACCGCUCUCGUCGUCCCCACACUCCCCCACCGUCUUCAUCACAAAGGCUGAGGAGCAGUUCUGCUCGCCGAACCUCACCGCCAAGAAGGGCACGUAGUCCAAAACCUACGUCGGUGUCGCCUAGCUCCCGAUCUGUUUCCAGCUGUUCUGAUGAAUCUUGUUCAGUAUGUUCUCCAAAGUCUCGCAAACGUCCAGCUGCACCACGAGGACCUCCAACACCCAGGUCGAGAUCACGUUCAUUUUCUGUACCACGGAAUCGACCUGCUCGAUCCCCUCCACCAAGGCGACUCGGACGUGAAAGGUCCGGACCACCGGUGGAUCCGCGUGGACCACCGCCCAGCCCUCCUCCUAUUGUGCGCAAAACUUUGAAGGAGAGGAAGAAAGAACGAGAGAGAGCUAAAAGUGGCAGUUCCAAGAAACGAAAGAGCAGCACAAAAGAUCGAAGUAAGCGACGUCGCUCAGGUACCAAGACUGAGGAGCGAGGGAGAAGCUUGAGUCCAUUAGGACCCAGACGCCGUCCACUUCCUGGUGGUGGCGCAUCAUCACCUGCACCGUCGUGCCACUCAGAUGACAGUUCUGCUGCUUCGUCAGGCAGCUCUGGUGGUGCGGAAGCACCUCGUCUCACCCUCUCCGAACGAUUUGGCAAAAUGGCGCAAUGGUCUGUCGACCGAAGAGAUCUGGACGGUGUUCGAAAUAUGCGCAUCACUAAGGACGCCGCGGGACAAGAUCUCAAGGUGGUGAUAGAGGGUGAGAGGUACCGCACUGCCAGUGGGGCUCCGUUGAGCCCGUCAGAGGAGUACUUCAUGCCAGCACCCUCGUCACUGGCAGACCUUGCGUGGGAUGAUGUGCGAGUGCGCUACAAGUACUACAAAGAGCGCGGUUACCUGCGGGACUUGUCUCUCGACGAUUACAUAAAGUGGGAGGAAUGGUGGUACAAGUAUCAGGAAUGGCUUGAAGCAGAACGCUAUUAUGAACAUUGGGCAGCUCUUGAAGCAUCUCGUAGCCGCAAAGGGUGGGGUGGUGGCAGCAGCAGUUCUAGGAAACGCCGUCGCUUGUAAUUACGUGUUUCCCUUGGCGCAGGGUGUUCUUUGCCAAGUGAGGAGAGUGCCAGUCUUUUGGAGGUUUCUGACAGUUUUGCGCUGCUUUGGAUGGGGUACUGCCCUUCUGUACAGCACUCGCUGGUAGAAAAUAGUUUUAGGAUUCCUGGAAUUGUAUAAGGGUUGUGUGCACUGUACAGUAUUGAAAGCGAAAGCUGAAGUGUGUAAUGAAUACUAAAUCGUAGAUUUUUAUUUAUAUAUUGGUGUCUGACUAAUCAUGGAAAGAAUUUUUUAGUAGAGUCAUUCCUGCAAAUAUUGCUGAGCUCUUGUCUAUUUGCUUGCUCUAAAUUAUGUAUCAGUAUUUACAUAGAAGAAAAUGUUAAAAUCCAGUAUGCUGUCCACUAUGGACAGUUUUAAUAUUGUCUUUGGCUGGAGAUUCUUUGCAUCUGUAAUAUUUCUCUUGUCUUUCAGUCUUAAUUUGUGUGUACUUAAGAUAAAAUCAGUGUCAUUCUAUGAUCUCUUUAACUGAACAAUAUGGGAAACAAAAACCUAUCAAACAGCAAUUGCAAAAGAUGAGAGACUAUGUAAAAAUGAUCACUCCCUAUUCCCAUCCUUGCCAGUUCCAUCACAUGCCAACAUAUGUAUGUUAAUAUUUUGUGUGUGUAGUACUCCAGAUGGUUAAUGUUUAUCUUGUCUUAUUCUGUGAAAAUGUCUCCUGUAAUUGAAGUUCCUCACAAAAGGAUAACUAGUCAGCUUAUAGCCCACCCCGUCAUCUAGAAAGUGAUAGAUUCACUUUGAUACACAAGAGAGACAAUUGAUCAUUGAUGAAUAUACAUAUGUAUGUAUGUAAAUGACUACAACCAUCUUCAAGCAUUGUUUGUUUCACCACAUCUGUGUCCCAGUUACAAGAUACAGAGCUUAAUAAAUUGAGGCUAGAGGGUUCAUUCUGAUUUCUAAUGUAAUUUUGUUCCACACAGAAAAUAUCAGAAACUUUUGUAAAAUUUCAAGUCCACACAUGAGAACCUUCCAGUACUAGGAUGUGAUGCAGCAGAAUAUUUGAUUUGUGAAAGGCAAUGGGGAAACUGAGUGUACUACUGACACUAAAGGUUUUGGAAUGGUAAUGUCUUCAGGGUUGGGAAUGCAACAGUGGAAAUAAAAAUUUUUGGGAAGCGAAUUGGAAAUUGGGAAAUAUAAUGUAACACUCUACAAAGAAAAACAGAUAUGAGUGGUGGAGAAGGCAAGUAAAAAAGUUAGAAAUCAAGGUGAAAGGUAAGAAAAAAAAUCAUCUACUAUUCUAUUUUUACAUAGAAUUUGAAAAACAUAGAGAAUCAAAUGUUGAACAGUGAAAGACAAAUAAAAACCCCUGAAGUCUCAAGUGUAUUUAAACUUUUCCGUUUAAAGAAAGAUUGGGGGGAAGUAGGGGAAAUGCUAUAGUUGUAAGCCAAGUGAAUAAAAAGGUUCAUGACUGCACUAGUUGUGGCUUGAAGGAGGUUUUUGUUGGUGACAAUUCAGGUUGUGGAAAGAAAGUUAUCCAUUGACUGGUGGUCCUCAGGUAUCUGACUUAUUGUGCAUCAAAACUAUUUCAUUUUACAAGUUACCGUGCAAGGUCGAUGUAAUCACUCCAUCGCACAACUAGAAAGGGUAGUUGAAGAUAAUUUUCACUCUCAACAAUUUCAAUAUCCAAGCAUAUGUUCUCAGCCAAGAUUUCAAACAACAAUCAUAAAAUGACUUGUUGUAAUACUAAAUGUUAAAGUAGUUGUCUGCAAUAACAUUUUUAUGCCAAACAAAAUUGUACAUUCAAACACCAACUGUCUGAAGUUUUUGAAUUAUUCUUCAUUUGCUUUAUAAGUUUGUCCUGUGCUCUAUUCUUCAUGUUCUCACUAAUUGGUUAUUGUGCAGAAGUUAUUCUACUAAGGAAUUUGAACAUGUUCUCUCUUGCUUUUCCAGUGAUUCUACAAGACAGCUUAAUUGACCUUUUGCUUGUAAUUCCACUGAAACCAGAUUGUUUCACUUGUGGUUCAUCAGUAAUUUUUAGCAUAAUUUUGUGUACUCUCUCUCUCUCUCUCUCUCUCUCUCUCUCUCUCUCUCUCUCUCUCUCUCUCUCUCUCUCUCCCCCCCCCCUCUCCCCCUCUCUCCCUCUCUCUGUCUGUCUCUCUCUCUCUCGUACCUUAUACAAUCUUCGUCCGAGGCAUUUUUGAAUGAUUUCUGAACAGAAUGUCUCACAGAUAAGGACUAUACAAUAUAAUGCUCUAAUAUAUGACACUAAAAAUGAAAGAAAUAUGUGCAGAAACAGUGGCUUGCAGGGACACUCUUCAGGUAGCCUGCAAAUUCACCAUAUUGGUUACACUUCAUAUUUAUAUAUAUUUAUGGACCAGAAAAACACAAUACUCAUUGUAGAGGUAGUGUGUGUUAAGAAAACCAUUAUUGCAUUAUUAUUCAUAAAAUAAUUGAUUACUGUACCACUUGUCAGAGCACAAGUAAUUCAUGGUAGUAAUGGCACCAAUGACAAAAUGUAAAGGUAUACGCAGUAUUGUACAUAAUUCAGUUUACUUUUUGUGUCCUGUAUGAUGUCAUUGUUGUUAGAUGUUUUUCAUGUCUUUUGCACAAAAUUUACAUUUUGUAGUUUGGCACACAAAUUAUAACUGUUCCAAAUAUCGUGCUAGUCCCUUCUAGGUCUUUUUUUGUACUGCUUUGUAAAAGAAACACACUUUGCACAGCACACUAAUGAAUUAUGUAUAUUCACAAAUGACACACUGUUAACUUUUUAGUUAUCGUAAGUGUUGCAAAUUUGCUCCAAUAUGGCUUUCUUAUCUCAUUCUAUCUCAAAAAUGUGAGUUGCACGACCCAAUGUGCUCUUCGACUUCAGUGAAUUACUUUAUAGUGGAGACAAACACAUAGAAUUAUGCCAAGCUGCUGCUUUUCCUCAACCCCAUUUUGUAUGUUUGUAUUGCUCUUUGUAAUACCAUUAUUGUCACUGAGCAGUCCUCAGUUGUGAAACAUUAACUGUAGUUGCAGUUCUUUUAUUUAUCUUCUUUUGAACAGUUGUAGAAUGAUCCCAUUUGGCAUUUCAUUUAUCUUUUCUAACUGUCUAGAGUGUGUCAUGCACUCUAAAGGACAUCACUCUUUCUGACACACUGUGUAUUUUUAUAUGCCCAGAAGGCUCACUUCAGCAAGAAGAUGGAGAUAAAAAUAUUCUUUUCACCUUUUUUAUUGUAUCAGGUGCAUUAUAUUACAGUUUUUGCAUAUGUUCUCAUUCUUUCCCAAUAUUUUAGUUUAUGUCUUUGUGGAAAUGUGCAAAUCUACUUGCAUUCAGGAGAUAAUGCUUUGGCCAGCAAUAGCUCACAAAAUAUACAGCAGAUAUUAGUAUUUCAGAGAUAGAAAUGCUUAGCUAAAGGAGCAAAUAAGGAAAUGUGACGUAGGCACAAAAGAACAGUGGUGUAACUAAAUUUACUCUGUUUUUAAAGAUCGUAUCUUUUUAUCUGUCAACUCAGCCUUAUAAAUGUGCUCAUUCUGUUAAUUUUCCCUUUACACUCUGCUGGACGAUAGUAUUAAAGGAAAUUAGGUUCCAGUAAUUUUACAUUUGUUAGAAUCAACUAAAAUGCAUUAUUUCAAACUUUUAGCGAGCAAAGGCGUGGCAUGCGUAGUAAGGUUAUUUAUGGUCAUUUUACAUUCCAGUUAUGUUUUUCGAGUGUCAAUUAUCUUUUGCGUCAUUGCUUAAAUAACCACCACUUUUUUGUGUACUUUGUAAAAGUUAGAUCUGUAUAUGCAUCUACAUUUCCUUGCUCAUUGUGUCACUUUUCUUUGCCAAGUGUUAAUUUUGUUUAACAUGUUUUUCUGGUUGUUUUAUGUUCAUUUUUCUGCGUAUUUUAUAUUAAAUAUAUGUCCCUUUCUUUUUUCUCAUCCCUAUGUUCCUCCUCAUACAUUGAUUUACUAAAGUUACAUGUAUCAUUUUCAGUAUUUGAUUCAUUUACAUAUGCAAGGAUUUUUUGUGAGAAUUUUCCUAGAUUAUUAUCUUUGGAAUAAUACAUAUUGCAUAAUAGUGCAACUGUUUUAUCUCAGGCUCAAUUUCUCUUUUAUUAUGUUGCAGUUGUGUAAAUGUUUGUUUUGUAUUUAUGUAUACAUGAAUUGCCUGUGAAGCCUGUUUUAGCAAUUUAUUAGUGUAUACUUUCAUAUAAUUCUUGAUAGUAACAAAAUUUUUGUAUUUGAGGUUUGUUUAAAUGCUUUACUGGAAGAUGAAGGUAUCACUUCUCAAGAUUUUUCUUGGACAUGUAUUUUCAAACUAACAAUAUAGACAGAACUGUACCAGAAAAUUAAAUAGGAAAAUAUUCAUACAGUUCCAAGCGAAAUGUGGAACCGAUAAUUACUGUCAGUCACAUUGUAAGAAAUCGGAUGUUCUUUUCAUGAGCAAGUUGACGUCAUAAUCAUAUCCAAUAAUGCCACAAGAAAUGUUAUUUUCAUUUGCAUGUAAUUGUUGUGGCCCUAUUGUGUACGGAGAUUUACAUUUUUACCUUGAAACGUUUUCUUGCCUAUACAUUUGAUCAGUAUUGCACAUUUGUCUUGUGAAGGUUUUCAGAACAUAGUCUUAUAACUAAAGUUUAAAAUUAAUGCCUUUAUUUGGUUACAUGGGAAACUAUUUUCUGAUAAAUUAUAUAGAGUUUGUAACACUAGGUACAAAAUUAGUGCAUAUUCAGUGAAGAUGAGAAUGUAAUUGGAAGUCUCUUUCAAGCAGCACUGAAAUUUAUUGAACAAUCAAGGAUUAGCAUGUUUUUUCCUUAUUAGACUAAUUUUCAGAAUUAAUUUUUGGGUUGAUUACAACUUCGUUCUGUAACUACCAAUUUUAGUUAUAGUAGCAGUGGUUGUUACAUGUCGUGAUCAUGAAAAAAUUGUGCCAACAACUUCCUUUUCCUUGUGUAUAGACAUUGUGUUUAGUUAUGUGCACAAAUAUUUCAGUUUGUGCAUUUGCGGAAAUGAAUCUCUUUACAAAAAAAAAAAAAAAAAAAAACAGGUGGCAGCAAUAGAUGUUGGCUGUCUGAUUUUAUUAAAUUACUUGAUAGUUUUA